AAAGAUCUCUCUCUUGUUCUCAUUGACUCCUGGUUCAUAUAUACUUCGCAUUUUUUUCAAUGAAGAAGUAGAGGAUCUAAGACAGCAUCAGAAACAUUCAGGAACCACAUCAGAGACAUUCAGGAACAACAGCUUUUUCCUCAUUCAGAAUCACAUCGUCAGCAUCUUCAUUUCCAAUCUUUUUAUUUUCAGAUCACAAGUAUUUUUGAGAAAAAUUUUCCGAUCCCGAUGGCGAAGAUCAACAUUCAGAAGAAGUAGCUGGCUGCAACUACCAAAACGCGCAACAACAACAACAGCUCGAGUGCAACCUCCAACGACGUUGACGCCGCCAUGAUUACGCCUCUUCCAACCGUAUCUGAGAUUGCCGAAGAUGCUUCCGUGGAUCCAACCCAGGAGAGUGCUGUAGAAUCGCCUAGCUCUGAUGGAGACCGUAGUCUUCCUUUGCGUAAUAAAGCCGUUCCCGUCCUUACUUCAACUGAGUAUGAUGAUGAUGAUGCCGGAGACAUGGACGUUGACGAGGAUUGUAUUCCUUCUCGUCUACCCUCGUUCAAGAAGAGGACCGCUAUCAACGCUGAUGAAUCCGUCCCAGGUUAUGAUGCUUCGAUCGAUGAAAGCCUUACCGAAGAAGACACGGACAACGAAAGCGAACUAGAAAUGGCCAGAAGCACGCUCGAAAACAUGCGGCUGAAUCUGAAGCGAAUGGACAAGAACAUUUUGCGACUCCAAUCGCGCGCUGCCAGAGACUGUGGCAUUCCCAAUGCGCAGCUUACCCAAGAAUUGUCAGACUUCAAAAUGCAACGUAGCAUCACGUUCGGCAGCUACGGCGAGCUCAAGCAAGCUUAUGAAAACUUGGCCGAGUCCAUGACGCCCCUAAAGCCCAGAAUCGUGGCGAAAGAAAGCACCGUGUAUGAGGCGAGCGAUGACUACCAGUCCCUGCCCAUCCGUCGAAACCAGAAGUCCUUCAUUGGAGGAUUGCCGAUUAAGCUACAGAGCAACUGGCCAAGGUACAACGGAAAGGCUGAUGAAACCGCAUACGAAUUCUUUGACAAGUUCAUUCGUCAAGUCCGUCCCAUCCUAGGGGAAGAAAUAUUCAGGCAAUAUGGUCAUACAUACCUGAGCCUACUGGUCAGCGAUAACAACUUUCAAGACCAAUUGCAAACCGCGUUCGACAAGCUGUCACGGAUAGCACCAUAG